AAAUUGUAUUGCACAACCCGACGUCGUUCUUCCACCACCGACUGUAUAAAGAAUUGUACAGUUUAUUACGAUAUCGAUCGAUUACAGUAUUACUGUUUCACGCAUCUAUAGAAUAGAUUCAUUUGUUAUUAUUUUAGUCUUCCCAGAAUCACGACUGAUUGUUAAUCGAUAUCGGUUCGUUAUCUCCCGUUCCCUUCCUCCCUUUAACCAUAACAACAUUCAACCCGGUCACCACUGACUUUAUCUGUCGUUUACUCUAUUCUAUUCGUAACAAAAACCGCAUGCGUUAGAAGUCCGCAAUUCGUUUGCUAUUAACUCGCCGAUUUCCGAAUAGUAGAGACAUGACAUCGAUCUUUAAUUUCCCGUUUAGAGCGUGCAGGUCCGUUUUAGCGUCGGAAAGUAGAUUAAAUUCUAUAAUGGGCUACAACAUUUUUCGUCAUAAAGUGUCAGAUGCAGCUAACAAUGCAGAAGAAAUAAAGGAUGGUAAAGAAAAAAUUGAUAUUGAAGCUCUUGUAAAGCAAAAUGAAGAUUUACAAGAAGAAAAUAAAAAUUUAAUUGAAAAAGUUAGAAGGUAUCUAGCUGAAACAGAAAAUAUCCGUAAACGUACUAUUAAAGAAACUUCUGAUGCUAAAAUUUAUGCAAUUCAAGGAUUUUGUAAAGAUUUGCUUGAUGUUGCUGAUAGUUUAAGUAAAGCUACUGAAUGUGUACCAAAAGAAGAAGUAUGUGAUAGUAAUCCACAUUUGAAACAUUUGUAUGAAGGCUUGGUGACUACUGAAUCACAAUUACAAACGAUUUUUCAGAGACACGGUUUAAUGGCUAUAAAUCCUUUGAAUGAAAAAUUUGAUCCUAAUUCUCAUAAAGCUUUAUUUGAACAGGUAGUAGAAGGUAAAGAAGGAGGUAUUGUAGUUGUGGUAUCACAAAUUGGAUAUAAAUUACACGAUCGUAUUGUUAGAGCAGCUGCUGUCGGAAUCAGCAAAGAUCCAAAUCAGUAAAAAAGUACAUGAUUUAUGAAGCUGCAAUGGGAACUGGCAAAGAUCCAAAUCAUUGAAUAAUUUUUCAACAUUCAAGUAGACCAAAAAAUUAUAUGUAAAUAAAUUGUUUUUUCUUUCAAAAAA